AUGUCAACACCGCCGCCAUCGAAAGUGGCUACAGAGAAUCGUCUUCGUUUUUUUGGUCAUAUAUUAAGGAAACCAGCAGAUUGCCUUGUUCAACGAGUUCUGAGGAGUUUGUCGGGUUUGGGCUGGAAGAGGCCACUUGGUCGAAAAUGGAAGUUCCGGACUGAAAGGGUCGAAAGAGAACCUGAAGACACUCGACGUGUUCACUUCAGGCGAGACAUAAGGUUUCGCAGUACAUGGUAUAAUCGAGAAUGUUGGGCAGAGCUGUGUUCAAGGACAGCACACCUCGGCGAAGUUGCAGGUAAUCGCGGCAGGCGAUGA